ACGCUAUUCCUAAUGUAACCACAUUCUUUCAUGAAGAAAAACAAAGCAGUUGGGAUGUAAAAAUAUAAAAAUUUUGUAAAAUAACUAUUGGAUAUGGAGGAAAUAGAAAAUGAUGACCUGGAUGAACUGGAAGCACAUCUGUAUGCACAAAUCCAUCAUGAUUCAGUCGACACAAAUGAUAAACUCUCCGAACAACCAUCAAUAAAUCAAUCGCAAUUUCAAGAUGAAACUCAACAGGACCGCCAUGAGAUCGAGUCAACUAAAGCAGUCGGUGAUCAAACAAACGAUAUAAAUCUAAUAAAAAAUAACACGAGCUCAGUUGAAGAAACAAACGCAUUUACAAAUAAAAAUUUCACAAAAGAACCAACAGUACAAGCGUCUUGUAGUGCUAAUGCAGAUACAUUACCUACUAAUACUACAUUAGUAAACAAAAAUGUUGAUGUUGGACCUUCAACACCUGUUACGGGGGCCUCACAAUUUCAUACUGACAAAUCCAAAAAUCAAAAAAAGCGUGAAGCGAACACAAAUGCUAAUAAAAAUAAGAAACAAAAAAAUAAAAGUAAUCAAACUACUUUACAUAAAGAAGGUAUACGCAUGAAUCCAGCCGCAGCUUUAAAUCAUAAAGGUCGAGAACAUAAAUUGAAUGCCAAUAAAAAAAGUGGCAUUAAAGAAAUUCUGCAGAAAGGCCCGUUUGCUCAACAAUCUCAAAAGUUAUCCAAAGCCAAACGACUUGCAACCAAAAAACAAAAAUCUACAGAAGUGCAAAACAAACGGAAUCGUUUGGUUAUAAAUGAAACAAUUAAUUUGACUUUAUCAGAUGAAAGUACUGAUAAUGACGAUAUUGAAAUUGUACCAUUGCCAGAACCACAAGUUUUAGUUAUUGAAGACAGUGACGAUGAUAAAAAUAGAGCAGAUGUGAAACAAAAUAUAACCAUGCUGGAAGAAAAUGCAGUUGAUGCUGCUGAUGUUGAUAUAAAAAAUGUAACGAUUAUUGAAAGCAAAAUCGAAAGAGAUAUAAAAAAAGAUAUUCCUGAAAGUCAUACAGAAAUGCAUUCCUCCAGACCAAAUUCUCCAUGCUCAGUGCAGUCAUUUGACGAUUUUAUUGGUAAAAGAAACCGAAAUGAAGCUAUAAGGAGGAAAUCAGAACAAGCUGAUGAUGUUGACGUGUUGAUAUUAACAGCCGAAGAUGAUAGCAUGCUGGAUGCCGCAAGCUCAAACAAACAGACAGAUUUACCAGAAAGCGAAGUAGUCGAAGUAAAUGAGAAUUCACAUUCUGUCGAGGAUAGUAGUGCUUUGAAUGAAUUUCGUAUACCAAAUCAAACCACCCGCCAACGAAAUACAUUUUGCGUUAAAGAAAAAGAGUUUAGAGCCACUGAUAUAUAUGAAAGUGAAUCGGAUAUAAACGACAGUGUUUACUCCAAAGGCUUACCAAAACAAACCAUAAUACGUAACAUAGACAGUCGCUCAAGUGAAGAUAGUGAUGAUGACGUUGUAGAUAUAACAGAAAUAGAUGUUAAUCCAAAAAUUAAAAGAUUACGAAAAAGACGCGCAAGUAGUAAUAAAGAUUCAGAACCAAAUAAUGAUGAUAGCACCGAUACUGAUGAACACGAAAAUGAGGGUGUUGUGAAAACAUCUGUUCCUGGUAUAGUACGUGGGCCAGCUGUUGAACGUAGUAUUACGAAACUCAUAAAAAAUCCUUGCAACACUGCAUCUCGUAAAAGAAAUAAACGCGCUAAAAAUGAUAAUGCAUUUAUGCAAACUUUAAAUAAUUUAGCACAAGGAGAAGAAGAGUUAGUAGAAAAUGAGGACAGCAAUGAAGCUAUUACAGCACGUGAUAUUGCCGAAAAAGUUUUACAAGUUGAACGCGGAACAUUAAGAGAAAGUGUACAAGAUACAAUUGAUAAUGAUGAUGAUGAUGAUGAUGAUGAUGUAGUCAUGCAUACAGUUUCCUCUACAGAUGAUGAAGCAAUACCUGAUGAAGAUGGUUUAAAAAAGUUUGAAAAAAUAUUUCAAACCAUUGAUAACAUGAAUUAUACAGAAGAAAGAGAAGUACUGAAUGAAACGGUUUUUAUAAAUAGUGACCAUGAGGAAAUGGAGACUUCUUUACCUGUUGAAGAUUUAAUGGCAAUGCCAUCAACACGAAGGAGACCAAUGGAUGCAGGUUCCAACAAUCAAAAUGUCAGUGCUAAACGGAAAAUUAAAUACUUUGUAACUGAUACGGAUACUACACGUAUGUGGCCAAUAGAUAUGUUUAAAUUUUAUAAUUCCUCAUGGAAUGGUGAAAAAUUCAAUGUUAAUGAAAUACGUGCACGUAUGAAUCCUAACGUGGCUGAUUGGAAAAUCUGUAGCCUUGAUCGGUUUCCUCAUGGUCGUCCAAUAACAAAAAAGUUGAAGUGUUACAAUUGUUGUGAAUUCGGACACACAAAGCAACAUUGCAAACGACCUAGAAAAGCGCUUGUUUGUAGUAUGUGUGGAGAGAGUGGGCAUAGGGAACCACGUUGUCCAAACACUGUUUGUUUGAGGUGUGGAAAUAAAACUCUUGCUUUUGUUAAAAAUUGUAAUGCAUGUACAUUCCAUGACCGUUUAACUUGCCCUUUAUGCAAAGUCCGUGGCCAUAUAUUAGAUAAUUGCCCUGAUAAUUGGAGGCGUUAUCAUUCAACAACAAAAUCUGAUGUAGCACCGGAAAGUCAUAUUGUAUAUAAUAAAAAGUUAUGUUGCUGUGUUUGCGGUCGACGUGGUCAUUUAUCGGAUACUUGCGCAUAUCAAAAGCUCAUGGAGUAUCCACUCAUUUUAAGUAAAAUUAAGAGUCAUACAAAAUCAUAUACCAAUCUGUCCGUCAGCCGUGGAAAUUCUCCUAUUAAAUUACGUCUUCUAUACAAUCCAGAAGUAUGUGUCAGUUUUAAAUUUUUAAUUAAAACUAUGGAGAAUAGUUCUUAUGCACGGUUCUUAAGUGUUGUUGGAUUGAAGUACAUGAUGCAGAAAAAACGUCGUUCUAUAAAUGUUAUUUCUGAUAUAAAAAUUAAAAAAGCUAGAAAAAGUGUGACAGAACCCGAUCAAGUACAAGAAGUUAGUGAAAGCACUAUAUCUACAACGCAAAAUAUCAAUAUUAAUGAUGAUGCGAUGGAUGAAUCUGUGGAGGCAAAUGAAUCACUUUUACUGGAGGAUAGAGAAAAUACAGUAAAAGAAUUACCACAAUAUAUAGGAAGUACACAACCAAUGACGCCAGUAGGUGAUUCUGAUUCCAACUAUAGCUUUUCGGAACAUUUUGCAAUUGAUAAAGAAACUCGAGCUGAUGGUCCAAGCUCAUCAAAAGUGCAAAACUCCCAUAAAAAAUCUCGAUCAACGGCUGAAUUUCUACCAGAAUUUGUUCCACUCAAUACUAGCUCAACAAACGGCCAAAAAAAAUCACUUCAAAUGGAAAGUUCACCAGAUUUCAUAUCAUUUAAUACGCCCACUACAACUAAGCAUAAUCAAUCUGAAAAGUUUUUACCACCAUCAGGUUUAUUAAAAAUGAAUCGCUAUUUUUCCAUUUCAAAUACACCAACAAGUACUCCGAAUACACCAGAAAUUGCAUUUGAAGAAGAACGUCCUACUGAAGCAAUGAUAUGUAUACCUAAAGAGCUCGUUAAAUAUUUUGAAUCCACAGAUGGUUGCAAUUUUCUCGAAGAAAAAUCCAAGAUAUACGAUACACGUGUCAAUAUACGAAAUUCUUCUGCUGGUAAAAUGCUCUACAUCUUUGGGUUAUCUGCUAACCAGAAAAGCUUUCAUAAUGAUAUCUUAGACAAAUUUAGUGAAGUUGAAUUGAAUAAUGAAAUGAAUAAGCGCACUGAAAAUAUGCCGAAGGUACCGAAGCGGAUUGAUGUCUUAAUAAGAUUUCUGCGCGAACAUAUAAAUCAACUGCUGCAAAAACUGGGUAAUGUCAAUGAUUUGUUAAAUCGUAUGAAUUAUCAUGAAAAUUUAAGAUCCAAGAACGGUUAUAAGAUGGCUGAGAAGGAAAGACGUUUAUUGAAUAUGAUUUUAAUAGGUCAAGCAGGCCUAGAAAAUGGUACCCAUCAUUUGGAUAAAUUAAUAUUUAUUUUGAAACAACUAUUAAAUGAUUUUAAUGGCGAUCAAAAUGUACCCAACGGAUUACGUUAUGAGAUUGAUGAGCAUUGGAAAUUUAUAUUUACAUCCUACCGACACAAUGACUACAAGCAUUUAGUAAGGCAAUAUAAUAGCCUUUUAUCGAAAAAUCGUAUGCAUAAUAUCAACAUUGAUCCCGUCUUACUGGGAAAUUCAUCAUUGGAUAUGGACCUUACGAAACAACAAAAAGAUCGAAUGGAACAAAUAAGACAUCAAGAGUCUACAAUAUCUAGCAAGAGUUCGAAAUCGAAUUCUCCAAAUUAUGUACCAAAUCCGUUUCAUAAGAAUCUUAGAAAUGUUUCUUAUAGAAAUUCUGGUAACUCAUCAAACCCAGAAAUAAAUAUAUCCCUUAACAUAACUAAUAAGAAAGUUAAUGCAACACCUAAUAAAAACAAAUCAGAUUCUGGAACCCUCACGCAAUUGAAAAAACAAGUUUCUUUAACUCCGCCGUUUAAAAAUCCUCAACAAAAAUCAUCUGUUGGUAGAAUUAUCCAAAACGUAACAAAUAAAGAGAGUAUUUGUGAUAAUCUUUUAUCUGAGAUUUCAACAGAAAGUACACAACAAACAACUUCGAAUCAAAAACGUUUACUUAAUGCAACAGCGGCAUCUAUGUUUUGGUCUCGUGAGGCCUUGAAAUAUAUAGACAAUUGCUUAGUCCUGGCUGAAAUGAAUACUGAGCUACUGACUAAAUUAAAACUUAUUCAGUAUAAAUCUCAAACUGGCGGUCUCUCUUAUAACGACUAUCGUGCAGUUAUUAAGCUACAUUCUGCUAUGACCGAUGGCGCGUAAUUUUCUGGAGAGAAGCACCAAGGUAAUUUAAUGAGAGUUCAAUGCUUAGCAUACCCAAAAUUUUUGUACAAAGUUUUGUACU